CGCGGGAGCGGCGCGGAGCGGGCGGAGCGGAGCGCGGCGGCUGCCGCUGCCUGGAUGCCAGAAGCGCCUCUGGAGCCAGUGGCCGGCGGCACCCGGGAGGGCCCGGGGGAGGAGGAGAAGGAGGAGGCGGCGGCGGUGGAGGAGGAGGAGGAGGACUCCGGGCGCGGAGGGGAGGAAGCAGGCAGCGCUGGCCAUGGCCUCCAACUUUAACGAUAUAGUCAAACAGGGCUACGUGAAAAUCCGCAGCAGGAAGCUGGGGAUUUUCAGACGUUGUUGGUUGGUUUUCAAGAAGGCUUCCAGUAAAGGGCCCAGGAGGCUAGAAAAAUUUCCAGAUGAGAAGGCAGCAUAUUUCAGGAACUUUCACAAGGUAACUGAGCUGCACAAUAUCAAAAACAUAACCAGAUUGCCUCGGGAGACAAAGAAGCAUGCAGUGGCAAUUAUCUUUCAUGAUGAGACAUCAAAGACAUUUGCGUGUGAGUCAGAACUAGAGGCAGAGGAGUGGUGCAAACAUCUUUGCAUGGAGUGUCUAGGAGCCAGGCUCAAUGAUAUAAGUCUUGGGGAACCAGAUUUGCUUGCUGCUGGAGUUCAGAGAGAACAAAAUGAACGAUUCAAUGUAUAUCUUAUGCCUACACCAAAUUUAGAUAUCUAUGGGGAAUGUACAAUGCAGAUCACACAUGAAAACAUAUAUCUCUGGGACAUCCACAAUGCCAAGGUCAAGCUGGUCAUGUGGCCUCUGAGCUCUUUGAGGAGAUACGGACGUGACUCAACGUGGUUUACAUUCGAGUCUGGAAGGAUGUGUGACACAGGAGAAGGGCUGUUCACGUUUCAAACACGGGAAGGAGAAAUGAUAUAUCAGAAAGUCCAUUCUGCAACACUGGCAAUAGCAGAACAACAUGAAAGAUUAAUGAUGGAAAUGGAGCAGAAGGCAAGGCUCCAGACCAGUCUGUCUGAACCAAUGACUUUAUCCAAGUCGAUCUCACUUCCUCGUAGUGCAUAUUGGCAUCACAUCACCCGGCAGAACAGCGUUGGAGAAAUCUACAGUUUACAAGGUCACAGCCUCAGCUCAGCAAAGGUGUCCCGGGCGCAGACAUUUCCCAACUACCCCUCGGAGCAGGACGAGGAGCACCAGCAGUCCCUCUCCUUGGCCAACAGCUAUGCCUUCAGCUACGGCUCGGGGCUGGUGCAAUGACAGCCGGGGGUGUCCGGCUGAGACAGACAGUUAAGCCUGGAGCCUGUCUCCAGGGCCAGGGAGCCUACUGGCGCCCUCCACACCCACCAUUUGCCGUGAAAACUGAUGCCUACCAGCUCCAGCCGGGUCACCGCCAAUGCAGAAACCUGGAGAGGCGGCUUCCCUGAAGCAAAGGCUAAGUCUUUAUUUAUUUAUUUUGCCAUUCCUUUUGUCAGUAUGUUCA